CAAGAAAGGUGUGGGAGGACAAAUACAUUUCAAGGGGCCUACGGCGGCAAUGGAACGUGAUAUUACUUCCCGGGUGUCUGGCUAUAUAGAUGCCGUUGAGAAGGCACACCUCGUUCCGGAGGGAGAAAGGCUUUGGUUUGUGUCAAACAGAAUGGAUAGGUACUGCCGGCGACCACUAGAAGUAGCAGCGAUCAACGACGAUGGAAAACAUCCUGAUCCCCAGUAAGGACCUGCAUCAUCUCUUCGAUGCACGGCGCUUCACCUUCGUGCCCAAGCGAUUCGGCGCAUGCAUGUCUGAAUCUGCCGAACUUUGUCACCCACGUGCUGCUGCCGUCGGGCUCGCCCGACCACGUGGGUAUAUAUCACAACCGCUCAACCCAGCUGAUCCGCGGUAUCAGCGUCGAGUGCCUCUUCGCACGCUUUGCCUGGUCCCUAUUUACGGAUGAACAGAUGCUUUUUUUCCUGUCGGAUCUCAAAUACGUCGUUUGCCUGUGGGACAAGACCAGAGGCGAGACCGAAACUAUAACCCUGAGAGGACUACCUGUCAAGUCUAGUGCACAGGUGUUUGAGUCCACACGAUCCCAGAGCCGGAGUGUCAGCCCAAAGAAGAGGUCGCUUUCGACCCAGGGCGACGGCCGCGUUGAUGGCGGCGAUGGCUACUGGUCAGACGACAGAGAUAGCACUAGCGAUGAGCACGAACGCGACGGGUUGAACGAGCCACCGAGGGGGCGACCACGCCGGACGGCUAGGCUAACCACGCCUCCCUUGCCGGGCCGUCCACCGAGCCCAACGUCAAGAAGGGGGAGAAUAAGGGCAAUGGGUAACCAAUUUCAUCCAACCCGCUACAUCGCAAGCUAUAGAAGCGGGAUCGUGAAUUUACUCGUCUGUGUAUGGAAGGUGCUGUGAUAUGAGCAGCCUUGAUAUCGGCAACCCUACCCAAAGGGGAGGCCGCUCAAUGGGGCAUAAGGAGUAGGUAGGUCUAAAUGCCCACUAGGGAGCUAACGUCAAUGCCGGCCCUGUUCAGUUGAGCGGCG